AUGGCGGACGGAGAAGGGAGGACGGAUACUGCGCCCACCACGCCAACUUGGGAAGGCAGCUCAAUCGGUGUGUUGGCCGGGAGCGAGGUGACGAGACCCGCCUUCCCAACAACGAGUCUCGACGCCACUGCCGCCGGCGUGGGCACAGCGAGCGUCAGUGCUGACUCCCGGCCUCUCAGGCCCAGCUCGGCGGCGACGAGCCACUCCUCCUCCUCUCCUGCGGGCUCCUCAGCUGCCGCUCCCAGCCCCCGGCCGAGCAGCACCAGCGGCACCCCUGAGGCGGGGUUGGCCGCCGCGUCCCACUCACCUACGACUCUCGCCUCCUCCGCUCCUUCCUCCGCUCCCGGCGCUACGAGCGUUGGGUCGGGCGCUGCGACGGCAGAGGCCGUGACGCGCAGCCCAGCUCCCAGCGCGCCCAGCCCCGACCCGUCGGCCGCUGCCUCCAGCGUGUCCCCCGCCUCAGGUACCGCCGAGGCCAGCCUUUCGUCCGCGCUGGCUGGCAGUGUGGAGACGCAGGCGGCACGGCUCACCUCCGGACCCCGCACGCGGGGGCAGCUCGCAGCUGUGGGGACCGCUUCGAAUUCCACGGGGAGCCCCUCGCCUGCCGCAGGCGCAGCCUCUGUGGCUAGCCCUGCCACGACUCCUCCCGGCAAAGGCGAAAGUCCCACCGCGAACCAGGGGAGCGGCACGACGGCUGAGCCCGAUGCCAAGACGUCCCUUUCCCACCCUGCCACAUUGUUGGUGACCCAAUCCAUGACAGAUUUUAGGAAAUCGACAUCUGUUAAUUCUUCUUUUACUGGAACUUGCUUGCCAGUGUCCAUCAAAGUUCAGAAUGUGACUAGGGAAGCAAUACAGUUCAGCUGGACUGGUGGCAGGAGAGGCAGCCUCUACACCGUCUCCCUCAUGGAUGGAAACCGGAAGAUAAAUAAAACAACUACGAAAGAGACAAAAACUGUGUUUAACCAUUUACUUCCCAGUCAUAUAUACAAAAUAUCUGUGGCAGUAUUAUCUUGUGCUGAGAAUGUCUGGACUUCAGCUAGUGUCCGAACAGAUCCUGUUUCCUGUUUCAGCAGAACUGAGUUUUGCUUGCCACAAAAUACUGGCUGUCCUGACUUAAAAUAUAUUGUAUGCUCAUAUUACCAAGCAUUUGCCUGCAGUGUUUUGUUAAAAAGCCAGACAUUUAAUCAUACACUUUAUAACUCUGAUAGUGAAGGCUACAAAACAAUGUCAGAAAGUAUCAAAACAGAAGUAAGUUGCUGCAAUCUUGUCAUCAUGAAUGAACUAAGAAAAGUUUUGUGAUUAGCAACAUCAGUCUCCUAGAUUCGUUAUUAAAUCAAGAUUGU